AUAGUUUGAAAAUAUCGAUGUUAUCGAUGUGUCACUUGAUGUUUUUGUACCUCUAAUUUGUAUUCUGCCGGCUCUAUUGUCGUCUUUGUUGUUGGGUCUCGUAUUAUUGAUAUACAUAUAUAAUGGACGAAGAGUCUGAAACUACACACUAUUACUUGGAAUGUGAAGGCGGCGUGGAAGAGUGGCAUUGGAAUUCGAAGAGCACAAAACUUUUAGUCGAACUGUAUUCGGAACGUCGUCAUAGGUUUCGAGACCCCAAAACUCGUAAGCGAGCUCUGUGGACAGAAAUUGUGGAUGAUAUGGAACAUGCUGGCUACAAAGGUAUAAAUGAGGAUAUUUGCGAUCGUAAAUGGCGCAAUAUGAAAAAAACGUAUCGAACAUGUCGAGAAACUCUCAAGAAAAAUGCACGCAAAAGAGUCGGCUGGGAAUAUUAUGAUACAUUUGACGAUAUGUUUCAAAAUGAAAACGUUAACAGCACUACUGCAAAAACAGAAAGUGAUGCUCUGAUCGAGGAGCAGCACAACGAGCUAUCCGAUAUGCAAUGCACUCUUGAAACUGAUAAUAAUACCCUACGUGCAGAGCAAAGCAACGAUAUAACGAUGGUGGCUGAAGAACAGCAACGGCAAUUGCUAAUACUGGAGCGAAGUAGAAUUGCCGCAAUACGGGAAUUAAGCAAGCGGAUUGAAGAAUCGAAUGUUAUACAACGAGAAAGAAAUGACUUGCUACGGGAGUAUCUUUCCCAGUUAUAAAUAAUUAAGAGUAUAAGGAAACAGUUGAACAAGGCUGAUAUAAAUAAAUAGUCGUGAAUAUAAAUAUAUUACAUUGUAUAACAAACGGAUAUUUUAUAAUUUAGCACAAAGUAGACGAUACAAAUGUUAAGAGAUGCGUUUCGAAAGCAAAUCAUUCUUGAAAAUUGAAUCAGAAUUGUAUUAGGGGUUGACUUUGCCGUUCACGAUACGCAAUAAUAUCCGACAUCACAUUUUUUCGAAAUUGUUCGUGGUUGCGGGUGAAUUCCUCAAUGGCAUUCGCAAGGCGAAUUUGCUGUUCCAUGCGCUCAACAUUCGUGAUGCUUGCCAAUUUUCCGGAUUGACUGGAAGUCGUGAAGUUAUCAUUGUAGAAAAUAGUAGGAGAUGGACCUAUCCCAUGUCGCCGUCCUUUGGGUGUGGAUUGCAAAAUAAGGUCUGAAAAGUUAUUAGCAUAUUUAUAUAUUCGUAUUUCGAUGCAACAAUCAGAGCUGGGAUUCGGAUCUCGUUUUUGGUAGUAGUACCAAAAACGUUAAAAGUGAAAUAAAAUAUCGGCUCACAACGAAAUAAUUAGUGCAUUUAAUAAUAACGAAAUGUUUUACGGUUUGAGUCUCCGACAUCAGCCAGUGACUUUUGUAACUUACUUGAACGUCGCUGGUCCAGAUCUGCUUUCGCUUGGCUUGAUCCAAAGUAUCCAGUUAUAAAAGGCAUGGGUGACACGACACCGCAUUGGAGGUCUGCAUCAGUUGUUGGCGGUGGCGGUGCCGGGCGGUUGAAUGGAUUCUGGCGCCUUGGUGGCGGCUUUGGUUUUCCCGUUGUAUCCGUUUCAGCAGACAGAGUUAUACCAGCAGGGUUGCUACGCAUUUCUAAGAUAGAGUUGAAUCAUGAGUGCAAUAAAACUGAGCAGAUAUCGAACAAAGCCAUACUAUGUCUGGACUCUUCAAUUUCCUGCAGCUGACGCUGCAAUUCUGCCACAAUAAUUCGUUUAUAUUCGUAGCCAGCACACGUUAGCGCCUUCAUCCAGGCCUCCAUGCUUUCCUGUGUGUCUGCGGCUAGUACAUAGGUGCGAUUGCCAUUAAAUGCUAUCUCGAAGCAGUAAUUGUCCAUAUCCGUCUCAACUGACAAUUCGAUGGUACAGCCUUCGACUAUAAUUAAUCCCAAUGGUUCCUUGUCAAUUCGCGUUUCAAAGUAGAACAGCAGGUUGCCCUUUAGCACAAAA